UCACCAUAAAGCGCUUUUUGUCCGGGGACUCACUGCUGGAGCGCAUUCCUUGACGUGGAGGCUUGCUGCACCUCUCCAAGGAUUUGAUGAAGCUCGUUCGUUACAAGUUCAACACGUUCACAACUUUUUUUUUAUUAUUAAAAGAGCGCGCACACGGAAAAGUACCAGGUCUGGAGUUACAUCGGUGAACUUCGCUGCUUGGAUCAACACACAAGCUGCGCUUCCAACUUUACUCCUCCAAAGUUCAGGCAGGGGAAGAAGAUCUGAAGGAGCAAAGUGGAGCUGGAGUAGAGGAGGAAGCACCUUCGCUGGGCUGAGCAUGGAGAGAGAAAGAGUCAGCACCAUGAAGACCUUUCUCACUCCGCUGAUGCCCUUUCUGCUCAUCCUCAUCCUUCCUGAUGGCAUCUUCUCCAGCAGCUGCCCCAAAGAUUGCUCCUGUUCGACUCCAGAAUCCAUCCUGUGUUUCCAGAGACGCUCCUCCACCAUUCCCAAGGGAGUGGACCCAUCCACGAAAAGCAUCUACCUCUUUGCCAACGGGAUUGAGGGCCUGACAGCUGAGGACUUUGAUGGUCUAGAGAACCUAGAAAUGCUGGACCUCAGUCAAAACAAACUGACCCACCUUCCUGACAGGGUAUUUGAACCUUUAACAUCUUUGAGAAACCUGGACUUGUCAUCCAACCAAAUCACCCACAUUUCAGAGGAAUGCUUCCAUGGCAUGACGCUGCUUGAGCGCCUUUACUUGUACAGUAAUCAUAUCGAGACCAUCCACCCUGAAGCCUUUAAUGGCUUGGAGCACCUGCUGGAACUCAAACUGCAGGGUAACCAGCUCACAUCCCUGCCUGCUCUCUCAAUGCCCCGACUGCUGCUGCUGGACCUUCGCUUUAAUGUCCUACCCAAUUUGGGUCCUUCAGACCUGCAGACCCCAAAUCUAGAGGCACUCAAAUUGGGUGGAGUGGGGCUCACCAGCCUAAACAAGGAGCUCAUAGGCAGUCUGAAGAAUCUCCAUGAACUGGAUAUUUCAGGAAACCAACUUGAGUCCUUCCCUUCAGUGCUAAAGGAGACCCCAGGGUUGCUUCACCUCAGCCUGGCUGGGAACCCAAUGGGUCCUCUUAAGGUUCAGGACCUGCAGAACCUUGGGGAGCUGUAUGAGUUGGACAUUAGCAGCCUCAGUCUGCAAGGCCUCCCUGAAGAGUUUUCCCAGCUCCUCCCCAACCUCAGAAAGCUCACAGUGGCAGAAAACCCCUUCAACUGCCUCUGCAACUUAGCCUGGUUCCCGAGAUGGCUCAGAUCCCAGAGCAUCACCUUGGAGAGAACUGAGGAGACCCGCUGCCAUUUCCCACCGAUCAAUGCUGGAAAGGUGUUAGAAAGACUGGAGCACAGGGACUUUGGCUGUCCCACCACAACUACAGUCACCACCAGUACUGUGAAAACUACCACCACCCUGCCUGUUCCUGUCACCACCCUCCCUACCACCACCAGAGCUGUUCCAGUCCCCAGGGCCAGUGACAACCCCACUGACAAAGAGGGUGACUUUCCCCUACCCCCUGUCCCUGCAUCCCCCAGCAGCAGCAGCAUGGACCAAGAUGAGGAGCAGCAUUUCUGUCCCUCUCACACCUGUCUGAAUGGGGGUACCUGUCGUUUGGACCAGCACGGCCAGGUAGAGUGCACCUGUCCACAUGGUACCUCUGGCAUGUAUUGUGAAGUCCAGAACCACCCCCCGCCUUCACCACCUGAAGCCGAGCUCCCCAUGGCAACGGUCACUGCAGACGCACCUGACAUCAGCUCACAUCAAGAAACUGCAACCUCAAUCUUGCUGGACCUCCACCGCUACAUUGAAAUGAGGCCUUACAUCCGUGGAAUCCGUCUAACCUACCGCAAUCUCUCUGGACCAGACCGCAGACCGAUUCAGCUCAGCCUCCCAGCAUCCUUCCCAGAGUACAGACUCAGAGGCCUGAAUCCCAACUCCACCUACACUGUGUGUGCCAGUCCAUUAGGAGCUCCUAGUGGCAUAGACAGUGUCUGCACUGAGGCCCACACAGCCCCUGAGAGCACCAGGGGUCCUGAUGCACAGUUCGAGGACCCAAAGCUAACCACUAUGCUGGUGCCUGCAAUUGCUAUCUUGCUCCUUCUGGUGCUGAUAGCAGUAGCAGUGGGAGUGGUAUGCUAUCUUCGCAAAAAGAGAGCCAAGGGCCACAUGGACCUGGACUGUGAGCCCUCCCAGCUGGAGCUGGAUGGGGUUAAAGCUGGCCUAGACAAUGGGGCACUGCCUCAAAAACAGCCCCAACUUAUGAUCCCUGAACCUGCUGUUCAAAGUAGUAAUUUGGAAUAUGAGGUGUUGCUACUACAAGACCACUGUACAUCAAAUAACAAUAUGUCCUCACACAAGCCCUCCUACUUUUGACAAGUGGCUUUGAUUACUCAGAUCUCAAGGAGGAUUUUUAAUUCUUCAGCUCUGUCCCCCAAAGUGAAACAAAAAGAGCAGAAACUGCUGCUGGGAAAGUGGAGGACACAGUAUCAGCCAACCAACCAGCACAGUAGAAACUGGAUGUAACUCAGUGUCCUUUGGUUGUCUAAGCAGACAUUAAACAAGUUCAAAAACAUUUGUUUGGACUUAAGCAUCAAAAGUGCUUCUACUCCUUCUACAUGCUGCAUCCCGCUUUAAUAAUAUUUCCUCACUUACAUUCAAGUGUCAUGCUGUGAUGCUGGGACUGACGGUGUGUUGUCAUUGGCUGAAACGUGGGAAUAGGAGACAUGAUGCCCUUCUUUAUCUGUUCAUAAAGGAGUGUGCACUGAAAUGGGGUAGUGCUGCCCAACUGAACAUUGUACCUCCCCAGGACUACCCCGAAGGGAACAGUGCUUGCUGUGAAUGACGUUUAAGACACCAAAUGAAGUUGUGCAGAGAAAAUAGAUGAUGCUUGUAUUGUUUUAUUUGGCACGAAAACUUUGUUUGUAUGUUUUUUUUUUUUUUUUUUUUUUUUUUUUUUUUUUUUUUUUUGUUGUGCAACGUAGUGACUGUUAACAGCCUCAGUUCCCUCCACCCCACCUCCUGUGACUAACAGACAAAACAGCAGAUUAAAAUCUUUGAAGAUUAAAACUCGUUUGGUACCAGUAAACUCAAUCAAAGGGCUUUGCCCCCAGAAUGUCAGACAGUCUAAGUAGUUGUGAGUCUGGACAGAGUCGAGACUAAAUCCCCCUUCUUCACUCUGAAGCCUUCAGCGAGCUUUGCCAUCAUAAAGAGAGAGCGUAAGCGGGAUUACAAAACGGUACAGAGGGACGCAGUGGACUGAACCCCUUCUGUUUCAGUGUUCAGAACACUGAGUUUCAAACAUUUUAGAGCUUGUUGUAAUUACAGUCAACCAUCACAUGAGCACACCACAGCAAGAGACUUUAUUUAUUGUUUAUAUUCCCUGUAAGGGAAACUGUGUUGUCCCUCAACCACAGGUCACAUACAACAUACUACUACUGGGCUGGCUGACAACAAGAAAAGCAAACAGUGGAUGUGUAUUGUGUUUCUCUUAAAGUAAAAAUAGCCUGCUUGAUGCAAUGCUAUGCACAAUUUCUCCUUGGCAAGGAGGGCCUGAGUGUUGCUCACUUGGACAUAACCAGACUAUGGGAAGACCAGAUGAACAACGCAGUAAACUUCAUGGUGUUUAUGCUGUUGUGUGAGGGACUGGAGAAGCCACUGGAGGGUUAUCAUACGGACCGAGAUCCAAAUCUGUGAAUAUGAAGCGAAAGUAACAUUUUGUGUGUGUGUGUGUGUGUGUAGGUGUGUGCAUGUGUAGGUGUGUGAGCAUGUGUAGGUGUGUGUGUGUGUGUGGAUCUCUUCUCAACUUCAGUGAUAAUGCAGGUACAUGUUCUGUCUUGCGCAAAGACCUGCAGACAUCAUGUCACUAUCAGUUUCCCCCUUUAUGUGCCCACAUGCCUCGGAGUACUUUAAGCCCCAAACAACUGUACCUGUAGGCAAACACACCAAAGACACAUCUGUGAAUGUUACCUGCAGUAUUUCCAGUGCACAGUUAACAGUCCCACGCUAACAAAAUGCCUUGAGAAUCCUCGAUCAAGUAAUGCAACUGGAAUAUUUGUAAAAUACAAUACAUUGAAGAUACCCAAAAGUAUUUUCGAUGUGACUGUUCAUUUUUCCCUGUUUAUUUUGGGAAACUUCUUGGUGUCAUUUGUUGUUGUUUUUUUAAAAUUCUGUGAACUUAUUUGUACAAGUGGAAAAAGUGAUAUUAUCAUUAAAUGAAUAUCCAAAAGUAAAA